CUAUGUUUUUUCCUUUUUUUUUUUAUUUUUUUUUAUUUUACCAUAUAAAAAGUAAGAAAAAUUUCAUUCCUCUAGUGGACUGGUGUAAUGUUUGAAUGUUAAAAUGUGGUGUAGUAGACUCGUAGUAGGUAGGAAAUGUGCCAUUAUUGACUUUACAAUUAGUCACCCAUCUUCAUAAAUACGAAUAACUUCCGUCCCUUACCUCGCCGCAUUUCAUUUCAAUAUUCCAAUUUACAUUUCUCAUCUUCGUCCAGAAUCUUCGUCUCUUCCUUCGUUCCUUCUCUCUUCUCCAGGGGUAAUCUGAGAAUACACAUAAUCAUGGGCAAGGCCGUGGCUGUUUUGAACAGUAGCGAGGGUGUUACUGGUACUAUCUACUUCGCCCAGGAAGGAGAUGGUCCCACUACUGUGACCGGAAAUAUCUCAGGCCUCAAGCCUGGGCUCCAUGGAUUCCAUGUUCAUGCCCUUGGUGACACCACAAAUGGCUGCAUGUCAACUGGACCACACUUUAAUCCUGCUGGAAAAGAGCAUGGUUCCCCAGAAGAUGAUGUUCGCCAUGCUGGUGAUCUUGGGAACAUUACAGUUGGAGAUGAUGGUAAUGCUACCUUUACAAUUAUUGAUAGCCAGAUUCCUCUUUCAGGAGCCAAUUCUAUUGUGGGGAGGGCUGUUGUUGUCCAUGCUGAUCCUGAUGAUCUUGGAAGGGGAGGACAUGAGCUCAGCAAGACCACUGGCAAUGCAGGCGGAAGAAUUGCUUGCGGUAUUAUUGGUCUUCAAGGUUAAGCUUAUCUUUUUCGACUUUCAAAGAGAGAGAUUGAAGUAGAGAUUACAGUUUUCUUCUCUCCCAUAUGAGAAUGAUGGUGGAAAAAACAAGAAAAAAAUGAUGUUCUCUAAAUAAACCCAGCAUUACUUUUGCUGGAAUUGUUAGAUGUGUCCAUGAAGAUUCGGUAUUAUGCAUGGAUUUGUAUGAACUGAAACAAAGUUGAUUCUAAUUGGUUGUCUUUAUGUGAUUGUGCAA